AUGUCGUCCAAUGAUAAUGGUAGUGGCCAACCACUGUUCGCCCCAACCGGCAACGACAACAUCGCCGAGUUACCCUUCUACAUCCUAACAUGGGUCUUCUUUGCGCUAUGCAUCAUCGCCUUCGCCGUGCGCGUUUACAUCCGCUUCGUCUGCUUCCGCAAGUUCGUCCUCGAAGACUACCUCAUGCUCAUCGCACUCUUGAUGCACAGCGCCGAGGCCAUCCUGAUUCAACUGUUUGUCGGGUAUAUGUACGAUGUCGAGGCCGUCGAGAAGGGCGACUUUUCCGUGGUCGGGCCGGACUUCUUCCCCAAUUCCAAGAAAGGCUUCACGGGCCUGGGGACAAGCGUCAACCUGACGAUCGUCGGCGUGUUGAUUGUCAAGAUCAACUUCCUGAUCUUCUUUAAGCGGUUGGGGGCUCAUAUCAGGAAGUUUAACAUCGCCUGGUGGUGUGUCCUGGUGUUCACCGUGGCUGGCGCCAUCACGCAGAUUGGUAUGCAAACAUUUGGGUGUUUCUUCGGCAGCACCGACUAUAUCUUCAGCCCGAACUGCGCGGCGGAACCAGCCCUGACGCGCAUCUUUAUCAAUGCCAUCUACUCGGCUGUCAUCGACGCUGUCUCGGAUAUGCUGAUUGUCUGCUUCCCUGUCUGGAUUCUCUGGGGUAGUGGCAUUAGCCUUCGCAAGAAGAUUGCCCUUACUUUCGUCUUCUCUCUGGUGUGGCUGACCAUCGCUAUUACCAUUGUGCGCGGCAGCAUCUUCCACCAACAAUACAGCAUGGCUGCCUCGGGUGAGGCCGCCACCAUGCAAAGCGCCACCUUCACUUGGUUCUGGUUCUACAUGGAGUUCAGCGUCGCCUUCCUGAUCGCCUGUCUCGUCUCCUUCCGUUCCCUCUUCGUGCAGCGCGCUAAGAAGGAGAGCCAGCCGCGUCAGGAGAAGGCCUGGCAAGAGGCCGCUUAUCGCAGUGCCAUGCGCCGUGCGCAGCUGCGGAAGGAAAAAGGGCUUAUGGGCAAGUGGCACGCGCUCCAAGAUACUAUGCUCGACAAGUUCAAGACCCUCGAAGGCUGGACCGGGAGCGAUGCCGAGACGCUACACGGUGGCAAGGGCGCGCUCCCGAGUGUCCCCUCGGGUUUGAUGACGGUCGACUUCCAGGAUGACACCAACUGGAUGAAGAACCGGUCGGCAUCAGGUGUGAGGACGGUUUCGUCCGUGGAGCCACCCGCGGCCAUCUCGGAGGAAGAGUCGCCGCUUUACCAAUACCAGGUCAGCCCGCCGUACGAGCCGUACGAGCAACAGCGGCCUCAACAACAACAGCAACAACAGCAGCAGCAAUCACCGCAAUUUCAACCGCCGCGGUAUUAUCAUCAGCCGCAGCAACCGCAGCAGGCGCAGUAUCAGAGCUACCAGUCAUACCACAACGACCAGUAUCAAUACCAAUACCAGUCUCAGAACAGCGUACCGACUGGCUCAGUACACAGCCAGGAGACGCUUUUGCAAGACCUAGAGCCGGUUCACCUCAAGCCGGUGACCAGCGUGGGUGUGGCGAAGUAG